AGCUCCACCGCCGCGUCCACUCCUCUCGGUGUCCCUUCAGCCCCGGUCGGACUCUCCAGGAGAGAGUUUGUGGCUGGGAAGCUCAGAUGAAACUGCGCCAAUCUCUCUGACUCACACCAUUCACCAGGACCUGAAGAUUAUCAGCAAUAUGGAAGCGGGGAGCAGCAUUUGCAGUGUGGAUAAACUGUACCCGUGUUCCGUGUGUGGAUGUGGAUUCGAACGAUUGUCCGACCUGCAGACUCACAAGUGUGACCAAACUGAAGAGAGGCCAUGUAGAUGUGGGGACUGCGGGAAGGGAUUCAGUCAUGCCUCUGAGCUGGAAACUCAUCGCUGCAGUCACAGCAGGGAGAGGCCGUUCAUCUGCCCCGAAUGUGGGAAGGGAUUCACACUGUCAUCCAGUCUGCGGAGACACCAGCGAGUUCACACUGGGGAGAGACCGUUCACCUGCUCCAUGUGUGGGAAGGGAUUCAUCCAGUCAUCUGACCUGCUUUCGCAUCAACGGGUUCACAGUGGGGAGAAACCAUUUACCUGCUCUCUGUGUGAGGAGGCAUUCACUCAUCCCUCCAACCUGCUGACGCACCAGCGAGUUCACACAGGGGAGAAUCCGUUCACCUGCUCUGAGUGUGGGAAAGGAUUCACUCAAGCCUCCAACAUGUUGAGACACCAGCGAGUACACACUGGGGAGAGGCCAUUCACUUGCUGUGUGUGUGGAAAGGGGUUCGCUGAGUCAGGAAGCUUGCUGGCACACCAGCGAGUUCACACUGGGGAGAGACCGUUUACGUGCUCCAUGUGCGGGAAAGGAUUCACUCUGUCAUCAUCCCUUCUCAGACAUCAGCGAGUUCACACUGGGGAGAGACCAUUCACCUGCUCCGAAUGUGGGAAGGGAUUUAAUCAGUCAACUGACCUGUUGACACACCAGCGAGUUCACAGUGGGGAGAGGCCAUUCACCUGCUCCAUGUGUGGGAAGGGAUUCACACAAGCUUCCAACCUGCUGAGCCACCAGCGAAUUCACACUGGGGAGAAUCCAUUCACCUGCUCCAUGUGUGGGAGGGGAUUCACUCAAGCUUCCAACCUCGUGAGCCACCAGCGAGUUCACACUGGGGAAAGGCCCUUCACCUGCUCUGCUUGUGGGAAGGGAUUCAGUCGAUCAUCCUACCUGGUGAAGCACCAGCAACUUCACAACUAACUGCACUGCUCCAAUUUUGCCUGCACUCACUUGGUAGAACAAAACUUGAAUAUUGCUGAGAAAAAGAGAGAUAUGCUGUCGAAGCUUUUCAUCUUGCACUCAUCAGGACGGAUGCAAGAAUGCUAAAUUUCAAAGGGAAGAACAAUAUGUACUGCAUCAGAAAAGGGUGCUGAUUGGUUGACAAGUUGACUCUGAUCAUUUGAGGCGUUGCCAUGGAGAAUUCACCGGGGAACUAUUAUCCCCCACACUUUUAUUUAAUUCAAAAAUGGUGCAAUGCCUGGACAGUGUCCUUCUGCCUGCUGAGGACAGAUCCCUGUGUCGGAACAUAUGUAGCUUCCAGCAAGCAUAAGUCAGCCACUUGGUGAGCUUGAUUGAUAAUCUUAAAUCGGUUGUUAGUGUAAUUCUGAGCACACCCUGGAAUGUUCAGCAAAUCACAGAAUCACAUCUAAUGUUAGACAUUAUGUCCUAAGAUUUGCAAGCCCGAGCUGUUUGAGUAGAGCCAGUACGCUGCCUAUUGUGAGUAGCCAAAGGGACAUGCAGUUUGAUACGAUGCGUCUGUUGUUGCAACGUACAGCCUGCUACCUGGCAUCACAGCAGUAUUGAAAUUUAUAUAUCACAUCACUCAUGUGAGUUGUAGGCAAAAUGCUUUUUGGCUUCAUGUCAGUAUCCUGUUAGUGGAAAAUACCACUCGUGUUGCUACUGCAUAGUCACAGCAUGAAAACAGCUAACCUCAUCUGUGGUUCAAAUUUUUGAGAUUCAGUCCCCUUCUAGGGUUAUUUAAGGUAUACUGGGCACUUUUCAUAUUUCAGCAACAGGCGAUGCUAGCUGUUUCACACUGCUGAUGUGGGACUUGAUCCCAUAAGGUGCUGACUUGGAGGUGAUAGUUCUAACAAGGCCACAGCUGUCAUGGUUAGCCAAUGGUAUUAAAGAACAUGGGAUGGAUGUCUGGACAGAUCAGCCAUUUUCUGGUGAAAUGGAGAAUAGGCUCCAUGGGCUAAAUGGCCUUUUCCUGGUCAGAUAUUCCACACCUCCCCUCCUGGAUUCAAUUAUCCCAAUUCCUACCAAAGUGGAAAUGCACACAUUUUCCCACUUUAUACUCCAUCUGCAAAAUUGAGACCGCCCAUCUAUCCUAUGUACAUCCCUUUGCAAAUAUUGUGUCCUCCUCACAAUUUUCUUUCCUACCUAUCUUUGUAUCAGCAACAAAUUUGGCCACAAUGAGGUCAGUCCCUUCAACCAAGUCAUUGAUAUAGAUUGUAAAUAGUUGAGGCCCAAAGCACUGAUCCCUGUGCCACCUCACUAGUUACAGUUUGCCAACCUGAAAAUGACCCCUUUAUCCCAGCUCUCCUGUUAGUUAGCCAAUCCUUUAUCCAUUCUAAUGUAUUUCACCAACACCAUAAGCUGUUAUCUUUGUGCAGUAAUCUUUCAUGUGGCAUCUUUUAGGAUGCCUUUUCGAAAUCCAAAUACACUACAUCUACUGAAAUAAAAACAGAAAA